AUGAGUUCGAAGAGAGAACAUGAAGAUAAUGAAGGGGAAGGGUACUUGUUAAACUCGAAGAGGCAGAAAGUGAGCGAGGAAGUAUCGCCGGCCUCUUCGCCUCCAGUAGUCUCUCGCCGUGAAAUUCAAGUUAGGAGAGACUGCCCAUAUCUUGAUGCUGUUAAUCGCCAGGUUUUGGAUUUUGAUUUUGAGAAGUAUUGCUCGGUUUCUCUAUCGAACUUGAACGUGUAUGCAUGCUUGGUAUGUGGAAAAUAUUACCAAGGAAGAGGAAGGAAGUCCCACGCAUAUACGCAUAGCCUUGAAGCAGGACACCAUGUGUUCAUAAAUCUUGGAACCGAGAGGGUAUAUUGCCUUCCUGAUGGAUAUGAAAUUAGUGAUCCAUCAUUGGAUGACAUUCGACAUGUUCUUAACCCAAAGUUUACUGAGGAACAGGUUGAGAAGAUUGAUGGAAACAAGCAGUGGUCUAGGGCACUUGAUGGUUCUGAUUACCUUGCUGGAAUGGUAGGGUUAAAUAACAUUAAGCAAAGUGAUUUUGUGAAUGUCACUGUUCAAUCCUUAAUGAGAGUUUCGCCACUAAGAAACUUCUUUCUUAUACCAAAGAACUAUGAACAUUGCAAGUCUCCGCUUGUUCAUCGAUUUGGGGAGCUUACAAGGAAGAUAUGGCAUGCACGAAACUUUAAAGGACAGGUGAGUCCUCAUGAGUUCCUGCAGGCAGUUAUGAAAGCCAGUAAGAAUCGGUUUCGAAUAGGAGCGCCGUCUGACCCUGCUGAGUUCAUGUUAUGGUUGCUCAAUACACUUCACUCAGAUCUUAAAACUGAGAAGAACACGAGCAUCAUUCAUGACUGCUUUGAGGGGGAACUAGAGCAAAGCCACAUUGAUGCAGAUGGAGGAGUACUUGUCACAGAAAGUUGCAGAAAGACUUUCUUAAUGCUUGGAUUGGAUAUGCCCCCAGCGCCACUUUUUAAAGAUGUGAUGGAGAGAAACAUGAUACCGCAGGUCCCGCUGUUCAACAUUAUGAAGAAAUUUGAUGGUGAGACUGUCACUGAAGAACAACGGUAUCGCGUCACCAGAUUACCACGGUAUCUGAUUCUGCACAUGAAAAGAUUCACAAAGAACAACUCGUUUGUGGAGAAGAACCCCACACUAGUCAACUUUCCUGUGAAGAACCUGGAGUUGAGAGACUACAUCCCUUUGCCAACCCCCAAGGAGAAUGAGAGAUUGCAUACAAAGUAUGAUUUGAUUGGCAAUAUUGUUCAUGAUGGUGAACCUCAUAAAAAUAAACCUGGUGAAGGAUCCUACAGAGUAUUUGUACAACGAAAGUCGGAAGAAGUAUGGUAUGAGAUGCAGGAUCUACAUGUCUCUGAAGCACUUCCUCAGAUGGUUGCCCUUUCUGAGGCUUAUAUGCAGAUAUAUGAGCAGCGACAGUAA